AUGUUUAUCGUUUUAUUUAGUAUACGAAAUUCGAAAGCAUAUUUAAUUUUAAAAAAACUAAAGAUAAGCACAAUCAUUCAAAAUAUUGAUCAGAAGAAUAAUAAUUCAAAUCAUUAUUAUAUUCUAUCCGGAGAUAAAUAUGGUCUAUUUUCUAUAAAUGAUCUUGGUCAAGUCUAUCUGUAUUCAUCAAUGCUCAACAGAACAUCUGAGGAAUAUUUUGAAUUAGUUAUUCUAAUAUCAUCAUUAUCAAUAUCCUAUUGCCGUACUAAUAUAUCAAUAAUUCGAUCACCGAAUUGGUCUUAUUUUAUUUGUCCAGUAAUACCAAUUGAAUGGAUGAUUGAAGAAGAAUCUCCUAUUGGUACAAAAAUUGGUAACAUUAAAGAAACAUUAUUAAUAAUAAAUAAUAAUUCUCAAUUAAUUGAACAAAUUAAAAUGAUAUUAAUUAAUAAUAAUGAUGCACAAGCAUUUCAUUUUAAUUCUUCAACAGGUAUAUUUAUGUCUAAAUAUCGUCUUGAUUAUGAAAAAAAACAUCUUUAUUCAUUAUCAAUUAUACUUGAACCUAAUGAACUUCAUUGUUCAUUAGUAAUAUUAAUUAAAUUAAUAAAUAUUAAUGAUAAUUUAAUAAUAUUUGAUAAAAAAUCAUUAAUAUAUACUAUUAAUGAAAAUAAUCUUAUUCCAUUAUAUAUUGGUCGUAUAAAAUUAAUUGAUAAUGAUAAAUUAUUUUCUUUUGAAUAUAAAUAUUAUCUUAAAAAUAUGUCAUCACAAAUAUCAAUUGAUUUAACAACAGGUUCAAUUAUUUUAUUUGAUAAACUUGAUCGAGAAAUUCAUGGAGAAAAAUUACAAUAUGAAAUCAUUGCAAUUGAUAAUAUUAAUCAAAAAAAUUUAACUGAUAUAUUAAUAAUUAAUAUUAAUGAUUUAAAUGAUCAUGGUCCUAUAUUUGAAAAAGAUUUUUAUCAAAUAAAUAUAAAUAAAUCAAGUCAACCUGGAAAAAUUAUUUUUCAAAUAAAUGCAUUAAAUUAUGAUCCAAUAAUGAAUGGAAAUAUAAGUUAUUAUUUAGUAAAUUCUUCAUCAAUUUUUUCCAUUGAUAAAUAUACAGGAAAUAUUUGUUUGAAUAAACAUAUACCAUCGACAAUAAUAAAUUUGACAUUAAUUAUUGAAGCUAUUGAAGAUGGAAUUGAUUUAACUGAUCGAACAAAUCUUUUUAUAUCAAUUAUAAAUGAUGAUCAUAUUUAUUUUAAAUUAGAAUAUAAAAAUCAAUGUUUUAUUGAUGAAAAUAAAUUAAAUGGUACAACAAUUUGUACGAUUGGAAAAGAUUCAAUGGAUUUUAUUUAUUAUUUAAUUGAUCCUAUGAAUUUAUUUGAUAUUUUAUCAAAUAAUGCAACAAUUAUUAAUCGAAAAGUAUUCGAUUAUGAAAAAGAUAAACAUGAAUAUAAUGUAACAAUUAUUGCACAAGAUCGAACGAAUAAGGUAAUACAGAAAAUCUUGGAUAAAAAUUAUUUGAUUAAUCAUUUUGGAAUUUGA